CUUUAAACCAGCGUUUUCGGUAUAUGGAAAAGCUAACGUGGAUUCCGAAGUGGAUGCUAUCAUAGAGAAAAAUGGUGUGUUUGAACUGCUAGGCCACGGUUGGGCUCGGGCAAGUAGUUCAAGCACUACCAUCAAGCGCCGUGACCACGAUGUUUUUGAGGGGACGAGGGGUAAGAUGGCAGCACCUUCACGAGGGCCACGAGAGAGCAAGGACUUCUACUUGCGUGCUAGUACAACAGAGGAGAGCAAGUCCACAGAAACUUUACAGCAACAGGAGAGACCAAUUAUAUUGCGAGCACAAAGCCUAAGCCCGUACUAUGAGUCAGUACGGGAGUUAGCGGCAGAUGUGGAGCUCUUUCGUAGAAGCAGGACGAGCGAGUAUCUUCAACGUGUUGAAGCAGAAGAUCACUUCGGACAACAACAAGGUCAAGAAUGUAAUCCAUCAUACACAGUAGACCCACAAGCAUUAGCCCGCUGGGCAGAGGAGGCCUGUCGCUUACGUUUCCGAGAUGUUGCUUUUUGGGAUUCUAUGUUGAAGGAAGUGAGGAAAUUAGAAGUGGGAGGCUCUGAGAACCUAGAAGUGGACUCAAAGCAGUCUACCGAGGGAACGGUAUCUCUGGAAGAUCAGCCUCACGAGUCCGAAUAUCUUAGACUCCCUGGAGGAGGUAGACGGACUUCGACAUCAACAGAUGUGGAGGAUUAUACAGCAAAUUAUCCGAAAAUAAACAGCACAUCCACAUCAUCUACAUUCACAUCUUCCGGCUCGUCUACGUGGUCAAGAAGAAGGACCACUACAACUACAACAUCGAGUUUAAAAGCUACCGAGCUAGUUCGAAUCUUGUGGGCUUGUCAUCGAGUUGGCUUUCUACACAUACGAAUCCUAGAGAUUCUAGCUGCAAGAUUGGGCGAUAGACAUGCGUUUUUUCGGGAACUGGAUUUUCGAGAACUCGCAAGGCUGUGUCUGGUAGUCGCAAGGACCCGAGACGAGUGUCUUCUACAGGGGAAAAGCACAUUGGAUCUUGCAGAGAUGAUUGCAAGUUUAGUUGGAGGAGGAGGUGCUGGGAUGAAAGCGAAGAAGGACAAUCCUUCUGUAGGAGCUAGAGGUGCAUUGGAUUAUGGAAGGCCUUCGAGUUCGGCGUCCGCCUCCACCACGUCUGCAAGCAUAAGCACGACAAGAAGUGGAGUACAAACUUGCGAAAGAAGUGGUAGCAGUAGUCGUGAGCAGCCAUGUGGCUCAAAAUCGACAUCGUCCUCCUCUUCAUCGCCAUUUUUGCAGACUCCUUCUCUGGCGUCCUUGGUUCGAUCCACCACGAAUACAUCAGCUGUAGGAGAGAUUGAAGGAGGAGCAGGUGUGAGCAGACAGUUCUCAACUUUUACAACUUCGUGGAGUAGAGGAAUGACAAGGAAAGGCUACAACUAUAAGCCCUUGAUGACAAUGACAUCUUGGCCAAUAACUUGGAAGAGCCUCGUUGUUCGCGCUUUCACCACCAUCACGAUAUCCGACAAAAAACAGAAAGCGGAACCAACAGACGACCAAGUGGCCGACCAUGUACUGUCAAAUAGAGGAAAAGGCAAGAUGAACGGAGAAGGAUCUGGCCCCUUUGCUCUUGGGGCUUCAGCUAGGGAUGGGAAAUUGAAAAAAAUGAGGAUGGAAAAGAAUUUCUUAGCGCAAGAAUUGAAAGACGAAGGAAAUCAAGUUUUGACGCGGAUGUUCGAGAAAAAGAACCAAUUACGGGCUUUGUCUGAGGAGAUACUUGCUGCUGUGGUGGAGACACUGCGUAGGAGGGAAUUGCCUAGUGGUAGUGCUGUUCAGAUGGAGUCAGCUAGUGGGCAAGAGCAAUCUUCAUCUUCGAAUCGAAGAUCGCGAUUGCGACCGUUGUUUGCAAGCUCUUCCGACGUUGGUGAGGAAAGUCGAAAUCCCUCUUCACGAAUGUUGCCGUCAGAUAUUUCUUCUAGUGCGCGCAGCUCUACAUCACUCACAUUCUCCACGACGCAGUUACAACCUACUAAAAAAAGCGAGGAACAAAUAGAUGAACUACGCACAAUUAUGCUUGGUCAAGCUCGAGAUUGGAUACACCUGCUGACUGGUCUCACAUUAGUAGACGGUCUGGCUAACGAUUCGCAGGAUCUUUUUCAUCGUGGAGGUCGUUUUCUUGCUGUUUUUUUCCGGAGAUCAACUUCUCACCGCUUACCACCCGGGGCAACUUCGCUGCUUCCCGAAGUAGUCUCAAUCUAUGCCCGUGCACGCAUGAGACACACUGAGCUACUCGAUUCAGUGUGUGAUGCAGUGGUUUGUGGCUCGGUGCCAGUGACAAAUAUGCAACUAGACAUGUUACGGAUUCAAUUAGGCCAACUGCAGUACAAGGACGAACGCAUUGAAGAACUUUGGAGUUGUAGGGUCCUGCCAAAUAAUUGAGCACGCUGCUCGUUGAUAGUCUACUUCGCAUCUUUCGUCC